ACUGUCUUCGUGAGUUCACUGGGGGCUACACUAUGGCACACGGAUUCACAUGGACCCUUGGACUCACAGUCUUUAUGGCCACUUUCGGAUCCCCUUUCCUGAUUGGGUACAACUUAGCCAUCUUAAAUCUACCCGGUCCGUACGUUGAAAAGUUCCUCGGGCGUACAAUCCUUCAUCUGGCUGUAAAUCAAACGACGGAUGAUCCCAUUAACCCGGAAUUCCUAUACGCCCAAGUGGGCACAACCUACGUGGUCGCCAGCGCCAUCGGUGCUUUCUGUUCUGGAUGGGUGGCAGAAAUCCUGGGAAGGCGAAAUGGACUGCUGUUCAACCACGCAUUCGCCAUCUUGGGAGCUAUUUUGUGUGCCCUCUGUGUGCAUACAAAUCAAGCGGCCUUACUCUUCGUCGGACGUUUCAUUCUGGGUCUCAAUUGCGGCAUCACCACUGGCGUCGCUCCGAUGUACUUGACUGAAGUCGCUCCGAGCAGACUGCGCGGGGCGAUCGGUGCCUGCAACCAGCUGGGCAUUGUCAUGGGCAUUGUAGUCGCAUAUGUGGUCACUCUGACGGAAACUCUGAACCAUAGCAAGUUGUGGCCGUUUGCAAGCGGACUCUGUGCUGUGCCUGCUGCAAUCUCUCUCCUAGUUCUGCCAUUCUGUCCCGAGAGUCCACGUUUUCUUAUGAUGAAAAGAAACGACGAAGCCGGGGCCCGAAAAGCAUUCAAACAGCUCAGUUCGAACAAGGAUGUGGAUAGGUUUAUCAGCGAAUUACGCGAAGAAAUGGAGCAAGCAAAAAGUCAACCCGAGUUCAAGUUUGUACAACUAUUUACCCAACGCGACUUGCGUAUGCCAAUGUUGAUUGCAUGUCUAAUUCAACUGUUUCAGCAAAUGUCCGGCAUAAAUGCGGUCAUUUGCUACUCGGGGACCAUGCUCAGAACGACAGGCAUUGAGAAGCACUACAUUCAGUACUGUGUGCUAGCCAUUGGGAUCGUGAAUGUGGUCGUCACGAUAAUAGCGUUGAUGCUACUGGAACGAGCUGGACGUCGGACACUCCUGCUCUGGCCAACAAUUGCUGUCGCCAUAGCCCUUCUUCUGAUGACAGUCACAGUGAACGUGGGUGCAGAUACUGACUCCAAAUCGGUGGAGAGAGCAAUGGGGAUCUGUUCCACCUGUCUAAUUCUGUUGUUUAUAUGUGGAUUUGCACUGGGAUUGGGCCCAGUACCUGCGCUGAUCGUGUCUGAAAUAUUCCGUCAAGGUCCGCGAGCAGCAGCCUAUUCCAUUAGUCAGUGCUUGCUGUGGCUCUCAAACUUGAUCGUCUUGGGUGCUUAUCCGAGCAUGGUUAAAGCAAUCAAAGGCUACUCCUUCCUGCCAUUUCUGGUGACCGUGAUAGUCUGUUGGGUGUUCUUCUACUUCUUCAUGCCGGAAACCCGAAAUCGUUCUUUCGAUGAGGUAGCACGGGAACUGGCCUUCAGAAAGAAGGACGCCAUCCGACGUCUGACCAUUACAGACACCAGCCCUUUAGUUAAGGUCAUGCAUGAGGGCGAAAAGAAUGGCUACAGCACAGAAGCUCCGGACACACCACAGCCGCAAAAGGAAGCACCAAAUGAAGAACCAACUCCUGAGUAGAUUUUCGCUGGAUGCUUGAAGAUACGGCAUGCGAAAAUUCUGCCUUUAUUGUCUGACAUCCUAGAACAUCGAAUUGGUUAUGUUCAUGGAAAACAACUAGUUGCAUUCAGCUCCCUCUAGACUGUUUGUUUUAAUCGCGUGUGUGCCGCCUUUUUCACUCGAUUACACACCGCACUUCAGUUCACACCUCAAACCACCUGAAAUACUGUCCAUUCACCGAAAUGCACUGCUAUAUUGUCUGCUGGCGCAUGCUUGUCAGAUAAACACAUAUUUUUGGACAAAUUUCAUACGGUCAGACUGGAACCUGCUCACGGAAGUCACACUGCAUCGCUCAGGUCUGAUGUUUAUACAAGCGCUUUACUCUCAGCCUGCUUUUGCAGUAUUCCGCAGGCUACAGUUGACAGGAUACCAAUAGUUGAGUCUUUUCGGCUUGGACCUUUCUGUGUUGGACUUUGAAGACAGUUCUUCUUGGCUGUAUUCAUCUCGUCCCGAAACCAAAAGGGUAGGUUGCAACCGCGCUCGAAUCUUGGAGAUACCUACGGUAGAAAAGUAGGUUAUAGAGGUG